AUGCCGGAUUCGGAGACAGGGACGCCAGUAGCGUCAGCGCCGGCUACACCGGGGACGCCGGCGCCACUUUUUACGUCGCUGAGGAUCGACUCGCUGUCAUACGAUCGGGAUCGCAAGUCAAUGCCCCGAUGCAAGUGCUUGCCGUUCGAGGCUGCCUCAUUUGGUGCUCCUCCCACGUGCUUCACUGAUUUUCCUGCCCCCGACGUCUCCCUCACUAGGAAGCUGGGAGCAGAGUUCGUGGGCACGUUCAUCCUGAUCUUCGCCGCGACUGCCGGGCCCAUUGUCAACCAGAAGUAUAACGGAGCCGAAACCCUCAUCGGCAACGCCGCAUGUGCCGGAUUAGCAGUAAUGAUCGUGAUCCUCUCCACUGGCCACAUCUCCGGCGCCCACCUUAACCCUUCCCUCACCAUCGCCUUCGCUGCGCUCCGCCACUUCCCCUGGGUCCAAGUCCCCGCCUACAUUGCCGCCCAGGUCUCGGCCUCCAUCUGCGCAUCAUUCGCCCUCAAGGGCGUCUUCCAUCCCUUCAUGGCCGGAGGCGUCACCGUCCCCUCCGUUGGCACCGGCCAGGCCUUCGCCAUCGAGUUCCUCAUCACUUUUAAUCUACUGUUUGUUGUCACGGCCGUUGCUACAGAUACCCGAGCGGUCGGGGAGUUGGCGGGAAUAGCAGUUGGAGCAACAGUGAUGCUCAAUAUUUUAGUGGCCGGGAACACUAGCGGUGGUUCGAUGAAUCCGGUGAGGACCCUAGGACCGGCCGUUGCAGCAGGAAACUACAAGUCGUUGUGGAUAUACUUGGUGGCGCCGACUCUGGGGGCCGUGGCAGGAGCGGCUAUCUACACCGUCGUGAAGCUCCGAGAUGGGGAAGGCGAUCCGCCGCGCCAGGUUAGAAGCUUCCGUCGCUAA